AUGAUUCAACUCAAAUUACCACCAAUUCAAUUACCUACAAUUAUUAUUACAAAUACUAUUAAACACACUCCAUUUCAAACUAGAAAAAUUAAUGUCAAAACAAUUGAAGAAAAUAAAAGAGAAGAGUUAAUGAAAGAAUAUUAUAUAAUUUACCAAGAAAUAGAUGAAAUUGAACGUUAUAAUAAUAAUGGUUAUAUUGAAUAUGAUAAAUACAAAGAAAUAAUUACUCAAUUACUUCAUAGUCUUAAUACUCUUAAAGAGAAUAGAUUUGCUGUUGGAAUUGACAGUAGAAUGAAAGAGUUUAUUAAUGAUUUAGUUCUAGCAAAAAAAAGAGUAGAGAAAGGAGUUCCAAAUAGUUGUAGUAAAAUUAAUUUGGUAAUGUCAUUAAUAAAAGCACCUAAACAAUGGAAUGAUCUAAUGGAAUUCCAGAAAUAUUUAUUCAAAUUACUUCAUGCUACAUCAGAUUUUAAUCUUGAAGGAAUACAGUCUAUUCAUGAUAAAAUUAAUUUCUUAAUCUCUUUACAAAAAAUACCUCCUAUUGAUACUAUUAGUCAAAUAGAACAAGAAUUAAUUAAUCUUAUUCAAAAAAAUUCAAUUUAA